AUGAUUUUGAGUAUCAUAUAUGCCAUCACAUCAGCAGCUGUAACGACGUUUUUUUUGACAGUACUUUUCCUGUUUUCACUGUGGCAUAACCUAGUUGCAGCGCACUUCAAUCCCAGAGAUCCUCGAGAUACUCGGAGCUCGAAAUCUGAAAUCAAACCCAAAAAACGCACCAGAAAUUCAUCUACAGCUUCGGGUACUCCUUUAGCCCUCGAUAAUGACCGCUUGGACAAUAUAAAAUUUGAUCAUCUCAUCACCAGCCCUCAGACAAACUCAGAAGCAUCGGACGAUGCUCAAUGGGAUCACAACAAACACGACAAUCCCUUCGGUGACCUACUUUACGCAGAAGAUCUGAAGCUAGUGCCCGACCUAAAACACUAUUAUACACAGUACGGAAUUUCAAUCGAGGAGCAUGAGAUCGAGACACAAGAUGGGUUUAUCUUGGACCUUUGGCAUUUUACGCCUGCAGAUGAUAGAACCGUUUCUGGUAGUAAAAAACAACCAAUGCUUCUGCUCCAUGGGCUACUUCAGAGUUCCGGCUCUUUUGCUUCAGCAGGGCGGAAAUCCCUAGCCUACUAUUUUUACGAAUCGGGCUUCGAUGUCUGGCUGGGAAACAACAGAUGCGGAUUCAAGCCCAAGUGGAAUCAAGCAAAGGUUAAGAGUGAUGCAAAAUGGAAUUGGGACAUGAAAGACCUGGUAAAGUACGACCUACGAGCUCUAGUCACCGCUGUGUUGGAAAAAACCGGCAGAUCGAAGCUGACACUUGUGGCGCAUUCCCAAGGCACUACACAGGGGCUCAUGGGCCUCGCAAAUGGUGAAACACUGUACGAAGAUGACUUCAGACUUGUCGACAAGUUGGAGAAUUUCGUCGCUUUGGCUCCUGCGAUGUAUCCUGGUCCUUUGCUGCAAGAAAAACUGUUCGUGAGAUUCAUGUCUAGAUUCAUUGCCACGCCCUUCUUUUUUGGCAAGCGAUCUUUCAUGCCGCAGAUGAUGCUAAUGCGAUCUCUGAUGGUCGGAACCAAAUUAUUUUCAUUUUUGUCUUAUGUCAUGUUCAACUACCUUUUUGAUUGGAACGACACACUCUGGGACAAAUCUUUACGAGAUCGUCACUUUCUAUUCUCCCCAGUCAACAUCUCUGUAAAACUGAUGGAAUGGUGGCUAAGCCAAGAUAUGCGAAAGAAAACAUUCAAGACCUACGGUAACGACAUUUUUCCAGAUGCAAAGACGUGGUUUCCCACCGAGAGCGAUCUUUCAAUUAAGAAACUGCCCUGUCACACUAAUGCUAAAAUGAGCACCAUAGACCAGUAUCCCCGUAUUCUGCUCUUCGUGCCCAAGCAAGACCGAUUAGUAGACGGCGAACGUCUAAUUAAUCAUUUCGCCGAUUUUGAGUCUCAAGAGCUUUACAAAUGUUGGUACAUUGACGAAUAUUCGCAUCUCGAUGUACUGUGGGCUCAUGAUGUGAUAAGCCGGAUCGGAAGACCUGUGCUUGACAACAUUCGUGUUACUGACGAUGCGAUGUGA